AUGGACAGGCAGGGGGGUCGCAGCCGGCCUUCAGGUGUGGGAACCGUGUUCGACGGCUCCUUAGACUGGGAGGCAUGGUGCCAGGUCAGACCCGAAGAGUCGGACAUCUUGGAGGUGACCGGCUUAGCAGGUUUGGAGGGUUGCGACGCUUCGAAAGGAGUGUUCUGGGUCCAAUCCAUCGCCGACGUCGAUGCAUUGGGUCUCAAGCUACAGGUGGCAUUUUUGGGUGGCUCCGAGGGCACUACCGGGCCCACGCUUGCACAGAUUUUCAACAGACGCAAGUCGGUGCUGCAUCUAUGUCAUGGAGAGCUUCCGUGUUCAGUGGACGGUUGUGGAGGCCAUGCUACGAGGUUCACACGUUACAAGGUGUACGACUACGAUGUGUCUUACCUGCACCAGGAGGUUGCAAAGGCCUUCAAACGUCGGAAGCGCGAAUGGGACAAACUCCGAGGAAAAGGACAUUCAGGAGAUGCUCUUUCAGGAGGCGACGAUGGAUCAGGUCGACCACGCGGAGACGGGCUCCGAGCGCCGGUCGCUGGAGACCAUCUCGACGCGGACCCAGAGGAGCCACGGGGCGAACCGCUCUUUCCGGAGACUGGCGCAGGUGGCACUUGGGGGGAGUUGAAGCCUCCCGUGGAACUGGACAGAGGAGCGCAAUUUCCCGUGGCUACCGACGAACGUCGGUCCGCGCUGAGGAAGACCCUGAGCGAGGCCAAGCAGCGUUUUCACGAUGCACAGGGCAGAGGCCGGCAGUCCAGAGCCAGGCCUGGUGGAGAGCCUUUCAGCGUCUUCGACUCUGUACCGGAAGGGAUGCCGCCUCCACCCACGACGAAGAGGGACUUCAAGACCAACAAGAAGGAUUCUGCAGAGGCCGUCGCGAAGCUGCUGUCGAUCUUUUGGAAAGCCCGGGAGCCGCGGGCUCCACUGCGGCGCUUCGGUUUUAGCAUCGACGGGCAUGGCUUCCCGCACCUACUGCAAGUGGUCAAGGUGAUGGGCGGUUUGAUGCGGAUUGGCUUGCCUUCUAACCAGCGGGACUUGGCGUACUUUGGAUGCGUGAAGGCGAGGGGAACUGCUGUGAUGUGGUGUUGCGUGUUGGGUGGAGAGAAGGUCUUCAGCCUCCAACUGGCCAAUGGCUACGAGGAGGCUUCGGACGUGAUGAUGGGCAAGAAGAUUAAUGAGUGGGAGGCGUUUGGCCAGGCGUCCAUGAGCUCCACGGCGGCUUCCACGUGGUACGAGAGGCUCCCCAACGUCAUCGUCCUGGACCCGUCCAUGACCCUGGACGUGCUGCAGGCCAAGAUUUGGGCGGUGCAGAAUGCAACGACCCACUUCGGCACGGAACGCUAUGCGAUCCUCCUGAAACCUGGCGAUUAUCCUCCACAGUUGCUCAUCAACUUAGGCUAUUACACCAGCAUCAUCGGUGUGGGGGCCAAUCCGGAUGACGUGAAGAUCCCCGAUCUGUGGGUGUCCAACGACAUCACCGGCCAGGCCACAAACAACUUCUGGCGCUCGGUGGAGGGCGUCACCGUCACUGGCCCCCGCACCAUGUGGGCCGUGUCCCAGGCGUCGCCCCUGCGGCGGUCCAUCAUCUCGGGGGAGCUCUGGUUGUCCCACGAGGAAGGCUACUCGAGCGGCGGCUUCAUCAGCGACGUUCAGAUCGGAAAGAAGCUGGUCAUGGGCACGCAACAGCAGUGGUUCUUCCGGCAGAUCACUUUUCCCACCGAAGGACUUUGGUGCUGGCAAGGGUGGAACUACGUCUUCAUGGGAGCCUUGGGCUUGGAUGACGCCUCGGUGCAGAAGUGUAACACGGGGAUGCCCCACAAGAUUUCGCAGAUGGACCGAACAGCGCGUUCGGCCGAGAAGCCCUACUUGGUCCUGGAGGAUGAUGGCCGCUGGAUGAUGUACAUCCCCGGCAUCGUCCACCAGCCGGCACCCGGUGCGCUGCUGGAUCACAACCCGGCUUACAAGCUGACCAUGGACCAGGUCUUUGUAGCGGAUCCUGAGAUGAGCACUGAGACCAUCGUCCAGGGCCUGCGCACCAAGGAAGCCUGCCUGCUGACGCCUGGGAUUUACUACCUCACGGAGCCGUUGGAGAUCACCAAGGAUCGCUUCGUCUUGCUGGGCAUCGGUUUUCCCACCUUGGUGAGUCCUCCGGGCAUGUCCUGCAUCAAGGUGCAGCAAGGCUUGAACGACGUGCGCGUUGCGAGCAUCAUCAUGGACGCCAACACUCCGGCGAGCCACGACUACACGGAGCCGCUGCUGCAGUGGGGUGAUGGGACGUCCCACUGGUCCCAGGUGGCUGGAGUGGCGUCCGACAUCGUGGCGCGCGUGGGUGCCUUCGGCUACCUGAACUGCGAGCUGAAACGCGCCGACACGUUGGUCGAGUUCAACGCGGAUGACCUCAUCGUCGACAACGUGUGGGUCUGGCAUGCGGACCACGACGAUUGUUCAGACUUCACCAUGGCAAAGGGUGCCGACAUGAUGGAUUACAAGUUUCAAUCCGACCAGUGCCAAAGUACGCAUGGGAUCGUGGUGAAUGGGAACAAUCUCGUCGCCUAUGGUGUCUUUGUCGAGCACAUCGUUGACGGCCACAUGUUGUUGUGGAAUGGCGAGGCGGGUCAGCUCUAUUUCUUCCAAGCUGAGCUUCCUUAUCAUUCCGAGAAGACCCUUCCGGAGAGAUACGCCGCCUACGUGGUGGCCCAGACUGUUUACAGCCACUUCGCGGUGGGCUUGGGUGCCUACAUCAUUGAUCGGGAGCCGGCCUAUGCUGGCUUCCAGGUCUCUCCUUACGCGGAUCUGCGGAACGUGGUCACGGUGAUCAUCGAUGCCCCCGAGGACACCAUGAAGCACCAGGUCUGCCAAGAGUCUGAGGAGGGACAGAAGUGCUUCGCGCCGCAGAACUGCAGCUGGAGCCGCUGCUGGAGAGCGUCGCUGCCCAUCAUCGACGCGCAUGCGAUGACGCUCCGUGGGGCCGCGUGGCCCCAAGUGCCCCCGACGGAGAAGCUGCCCGCCCCGGAGAUCGUGAAGCGACUCUCGGGGCAGGAGACCUACAGACAAGGUGACUGGAAUUACGCAGAUUUUUCCAUGAGCAGGGAUGCCAAGCGCGCCACCAGGCAGUUUGCCGACCGACAACGGCUGAGGGCGCAGGUCGUGAACUGGGAGAGUCACGCUCCCUGGCUUGGCCUGUGCUUCCUCGUGGCUUUGCCCUUCCUGCUCACCUGCUGGGCGAACCGUGAGCCAGUGCAGGUGGUGAGACCUCCUGAGGCGGAGGCUGAGAUCAUGUUGGAAGGCUGACGGGCUGUGAUUUGGCCGAGGGUCUUCGGGGUGUUGGCAGGUGCAGUUUUCUUUUUCUUUUUUAAGUCAACCUGCAGCUGAACCGCAGGAGGAGAAGGCUUGGUGGUUUUGGUUUCCCCUGACUUGUGAGGAUUCAAGAGGCGUUGUGGAGAGUGGACACCACUCCACGUCGUAGAGGUGUUGAGAGCUUUCCUAAGAUGUCCGGAUUUUUCAGAACACAAAGUGGAAAAUACAUUGUUACAUGGCGGCCUUUCAUUCUGCACAAGACUUCAAAUCGUUCAUUGGUUCAUUGGAUGUGGCAACACCAUGUACAACUCCCAACUUAAACAUACACCAUUAGAGUGACUCUUUUUCGGACUGUUGAAGCAUGUCAUGGUCCACCAUGCUGUUGCGCCCAUGUUGUUGCGCCCCGCUCGCUCCCGACCCACGUGGCCGUGGCAGAAUUCCGAGCAGAACACCUGCCAGGUGAACUACCUCUUCUUCCCGAGCUGGUCCGGAUGCCAGUCCGAACUCGCAACCGGCCGUGAGCGAACGGCCGCCAGGCGACCGGAGGACGGUGCUGCUCUGAGGGGCCGGAGGCCGCCUGCUGAGUGAUUCCGUGCAACGGACUCUGUGCAUCGAAAAGAGC